AUGAACAUCUUUCGACUGCUCGGCGACCUGUCGCACUUGGCCUCGAUCCUGAUCCUCGUGCACAAGAUCACAAAGUCGAGGUCCUGUCGCGGCAUCUCGUUCAAGACCCAGUUGUCUUACUUGCUCGUCUUUCUCACCCGGUUGGUCUACCCACAGCACACGGUGUUGUCGUGUUUCUUCGCUGACACGGGGGUUUCUUUCUCUGCUCUGAUUCUACGUCGUCAUUCGGACGAUCUCGUCACGCCCUCGUGCCUUUGCCGAAUCCACCGCGCCAAACUCUUCUCUCCACCACUUGUCGCUCCACGCACACACGCACACGCACACGCACACCUCAUACCCACCUUCAAUUCUCCCCUCCCCAACCAACGAACAGCUAUGUCGACCUCGUGACUGGCCCCCAUAUCUCGCUCUACAACACGGUGAUGAAGAUCUUCUUCAUCGGUUCGGCCGCCUACGUCAUCUUCCUCAUGAAGAUCAAGUACAAGUCAGUCCGGGUUCGAGUUACGACGGGGAUGGGCAUAGGGAGGAAUGCUGAAUCAUCUUUGGUACAUGAUCGUUCCCUCCCAGGCCGACCCAGGACCCCGCACUGGAUACUUUGCGUCUCGAGUACCUCUUGGGCCCUUGUACCGUAUUGGCCAUGAUCUUCAACUACCGAUUGUGAGUAGCUUACAUUACGUCUCCCCCUCAUUGCAAAAGCUCACAUACCUCCCUUCUCCUUCCUUUUCCCCCCAGCACCCCCUCCGAGCUCCUUUGGUCGUUCUCCAUCUACCUCGAAGCCGUCGCGAUCCUCCCGCAACUCUUCAUGCUGCAACGUACGGGGGAAGCCGAAACGAUCACGACGCAUUACCUCUUCGCGCUCGGCGCCUACCGAGCGCUCUACGUCCCGAAUUGGAUCUAUAGGUAUUUCACGGAGGAUACGGUAGAUCCGAUCGCGAUCGUCGCCGGCUUGGUGCAGACCGCUUUGUUUUCGGAUUUCUUUUAUAUUUACUUUACCAAAGUGAUGAGGGGGCAAAAGUUCGAGUUGCCUGCGUAG